UUUGAAAAAAAAAAAAUAAUUCAAAUCCUUUAAUUUAUUUACCUCAAAAAUGAGUGACGUUAUUUUUGUCAAAGGAUGCACUGAUAUUGAUCAAUUAACCCAAUUAGCAAAUCCCUCUUUAAGCCAUUCAAAUGAUAGAACGGCCUUUUUUUACAAUCCUCCAGGAGAUUCUCAAAUCUAUCACAUUACUUGUGAAUUAUCAAACAAGAAUGUCGACCCUUUAUCUGACCAUACAUUUUAUUACAAUAUUGAUGAUAAUAGUUUUUAUCAAAUAACAUGUAGAUUAAUUUCACAUUCAUUGAUUGUUCAAUUUUUAAACAAAAAGAUUUAUGGCAUCGAACAUAAACAAGGUGAAGAACCACAACAAGACUAUUUGACUUUUUCAAAAUUUCAAAGAGAUAAUUUGGAAUUUCAUUUGAAAGGAUUUUUCCUUAAUCGCUUGACGCCAAAACAAAUUAAUAAGAGUUCAAAUAGUAACGAUGCCAUUAUUGUGCAGCCUAAAUUGUAAACACAAUUAUUACUUUUAAAUUAUGUCAUUCAUUUUCUUAUUCUUUAUCUGUUAUAUGUAUAUUAUAAAUAGGUAUUAUACAAAUGUUAUGCUACAAUAUUUUUGAAACGUAACCCCUUUAUUAAAUUGCACUACGUUUCAAAGUAAAUUCUAUAUGCUACUAUGAAACAAACAUAAUUUUAUGCUUUAUUAUUGAAUUCGAUACAAUAAAUAGAUUGU